UAUAAUGAGAAAAAACAUAAGUUUUAAUGAGUAGAUCAAGCUUCCCUUAUGCUCUUAGAGCUUAUCUCCCAGCUCUGUGAAGAUUUGUUUCUCCUUUCGUCACACAGAAGCUGGAAAAAUACGGAAAGAAAGAACAGAGAAAAAAAUAGGAAGGAAAGAUCGUGGGCUGUUUUGUUGCAGCUGACGGACAGAUCAUGGUUGACGAGGACGAGUUCGAUGAUUUUGGAGACUCUAAGUGUUCGCUGUGCCAGCGCAGAUUUGAAGAGCAAGCACGAAAAAUGAAGUUACGUAUGCUUGACUCAGGUAAUUACAGCUGCUUGAAGGUGGAUUUGAUCUUCACACGAGAUCGUUCCUUCUAUUUCACUACGGUUUUCAUCCCGGGCAUUAUUUUAGUAACCAGUUCUUUCAUCACAUUUUGGCUCGAAUGGAAUGCCGUGCCGGCGCGAGUGAUGAUUGGUGAGUUUACAUAGCGGAAUGUUAUUCCAUAACUCUUUAAAGCGAUCCUAAAAUCGUCUGUUUUAUCGACCAAACGUGAUUAUUUUCCAACACGUUAACAUAAUUGCAAUUUACAGAUUUAAUAAUCCUAUUCCACAAUUAAAAAAAAGUAUAAACAUCAAUAUAACUUAAAGAC